AUGAUAUUUUAUUUUAUUUUACUUUUUGGUUCCAUUUUUGGAGUAAUCACUCAGCCCUUGCCCCAGCAACGGCCAACAAUCCGAAUUCUGAAUGGAACUUCGAUCGAGUUGGGUUGCGAACCGGCAGAAUUGCUGGUGAGGACACACAUGGCCCCAGAUUUUGAAAAUCCCCAGCUAGUUAGACGCUUGGACUGGUUUCAUGAUGACUCUUUGGUUGCCAGUUAUCAGCAAGUAAGUUAUUUUACAACUGCUUUAAAGAUUAAGUAUUCGUCUUAUAAAACCAUUAUCGUUUCCAUGGGCCAAAAAUAUCUUGGCAAGUUUUUAAAUGGAAUCUAAUCCUUCCGGCUCUAAAUGCGCCCGAAUUUGCAUAUGAAAGAAAACUUUUUUGGGGGUGUGAAAAAGGACUGGCGAUGCGUGUCGGGCCUGGGAAUACUGCAACGUUGCACCCCAAAAAACAACAAGAUGGAGUCGGGUUUCGUGCCGAUCGACUUCGCCUUUUGAUAGCCUCGGGCGGAAUUAUUUAUGAACAGAGGGAAAUUUCCUUGCCACAGCAGUAACCGACACGUCGGAAUUGUUCAUUUAUCAUCUGCCAAUGUAGUUUACAAUUAUGGUUGUGAUUGUGUAGUAAUCCAUUCAGCAUAGCUUCACAUAAAUUAUCAAAAAGAAUUGGAUAUGGAGGUAUUCGAGACCCCAGAAUAUCCCCGUUUUCUUCUGGCACCUGCUUUCUUUACUUUCGCGCAUUUAAUCGCGCAUUUUUACGCUCAAACCCCUGGGGCACUUACUCGCCUCGGCGCGUUCUAAGCGUUAAAUUGCGGCGGUCAUUCGAAGAAACGAAGAAACUAAAAAUUCAAGGCCCUGUCUUUAUAUGACAUGACAUCAAAAAAGGUCUCUUUUUAAUUGGAAAGUAAUUAUCGAGGGGCCAUUCUAAUUAAUAUAUCAUCGCGGGGACAUGGUACAUGCUCUUGUGUACACACUGUUUUCGUAUUUUUUGAAUAUGCGCAGGAAAUGGCAGCAGCCUUGGUAUUACUUUCUCAAUAUUACUUUAGUUAAUAAGAGAAACGCAAAUGAAUCACAGGACUGAAAUGGAUGACAUAUGGGUAAUAAGGGUAUACAGCCGGGAAUCAGAGGGCAUGUAUAAUAUGUUAUGCAAAGAGCAGAGAAAUUAUUUGCAGGAUGUGGUCACAGAUAUCAGCCGACAAUGGUGGGUGGCUGGGACAAGAUAUGAGCUCAAGAAGCCGUUCUAUGAUCUCAAAAUCAACCCCGCUCUCCCAGAAGAUUCGGGGAUUUACAGAUGUCGAUUGGAGACUGACCCGCUCUUCGCAGAAGACGAAACUGGCAUCAACAUUCCCGUUUUAGUAAUGGGUAAGUGUUGUGCUGAAUAUUGAAAUACUAGAAACGAGUUUACUUUGUAUUAAUUUAGCCAGAUCCGUCCUCUUUUUGUUCCUCCUUUAGUCUGUUUAAUUGAUGAUCUCCUUGUUUCGAAUGCACUUUAAAAUUGAUGUCCCGGGGCAUUUCUUUUAUCCUCCCUUCUCAUCCACUUGUAGCGGCGUUUCGAAUCCGGCUUCACUCGGCUAUCGGUCAUCAGGGCCAUUUAAGUGAGACCGGCUUCAUUUGCAUACGGCCAUAACACGGCUGGGUUCUCUUGCGAACGCCGCUUGGCCAUCUGGCCACACAUUCGUCAGUCAUGACAUAACUUCACUCGGACCCUAUUUUACCAUCCAAUCUAUCUUCCAUUUAGGCCCGGAGUUAUUUGAUUACGGGAACGGAAAUGGGCGGGGAAUGCGAGGAUAAGAGGUUUAUACAACGGGGCCCUGAAAAGUUACAGCAGAUACCCAGAACCGAGUGACCAAUUCUAAAUUACGAAACAGUAUGAGUUAGGAUGAUAUCUCAAAAAUGCUCGACUCUAAAAUCUUGGAGCCUUGCUUAGGUGACCCCUUUUUUCGGCCACGAAUUAUUAAACGCCGGUGCUUUGUUCUUGACCUGAAAUUUGAGGUCAUAAGCGGAGAAAAAGGAUUAGGCGCCGUUCGGAUUAGGUGGUCAAGAAAACGCAAAACAAAACACGAAACCAUUAAUUUGCAUAAUAAAAUUAACCGCCGAGAAACAACAUGUGCAUAAAGUCCAAGGAACAAACUUUGAAGAAAUAUAAAAUUCUGUAAAUGACAGCGUCUACGUAGAUAAAGCGAUCAUCAAGACAAUUUCAGUUCGUCCGCCAGCACCUGCAAAGCCUCAACUGACGGCCAGCACUGAAAAUAGUCUAACAAUCAGCUGGACCCAGUCGGCCGGGGCCGCGCAUCGACCAGUUUUACGAUAUUCCAUAUUGGUCAAGUAAGCAAACAUUUUAAAAAAUAAACUUUUUUAAAUUUAACACUGAAAAGAAAAUUAUCUUUAGUCGAAUGGACGAUGAGUCAUUGCGGGUAGUGACCACCAAGGACAAUCAGACAACUACUGUCAUCGACAGUCUGUUACCGUACACUCGGUAUGGGUUGUCAGUCCGAGCUGAGAACCCAGCCGGGACUAGUGAAUUCGGGCCUGAAAGUGUGUUCCGAACUUUGGGAGAGGCCCCAAGAGAACCCCCGAUGAUCCAACUUCUCCGCAAUGGGACCAUUGGCUGUGUUGAUGUUGUCUGGAGAAAUGCUCCAACAGAUCAUAAUGGAAGACCGGUGCUUGGAUUCAGAAUCAUGGUGCAUAGGAUUGGAUCGGGAGCGAUGAGGGAGUGGUAUGUGAAGAACCACCGGCAAUCCCUUUGCUCUUUGGAACCAGAUGCAGAUUACAAAUUGAGCAUCGAAAGUGAUAAUGGCUUCGGAUAUUCCCCUGCACAGACUGUUAACUUCCACACUGAAGAUUCAAGUAAAUUACAAAGACUUGGCCAUUCCAUUACCUUCUCCUUUUCAGUUCCCGAGGGACCUCCGGAAUCAGUUGAGGUCCGCCCGUUGACCGGGGAUACUGUACUCAUUCUGUGGAAGGAACCAGCCACACCCAAUGGCCGGGUCGUAUCAUAUCAGAUAUACUUUCAAAAUGUAAAUUCGAAACUUCCCUGUUCGAUGGUCAGGUUGAUGGUCAACCAAGACUCCUCGAAGACAUUCGCUUAUAACCUCACUAAACUGGAUCCGUCCACCACGUAUCGCAUAUCAUUGACCGCAUCCACCUCAAAGGGAGAAAGCGACAAAAGUGCACCAGUAUCGGUCACAACUGAUUAUGCAUGUCCGUUUUUAUUUCUUUCCGAUCGAAUUUUCGCAACGAAAGGGCCUCAAUUACAGUAAUCAUUUUUUAAUUUUAGUGCCAAAUCCCCCUCGAAUUACGGGUGUGGAUUACAAAUGUGGAACCGAUGUUCUUGUCCAUUGGACGAACGAGUCAUCUCCCAUUUCUUUCUACAAAAUAUUCCUCGAGAACAAAUCCAAUACCAAGGUAUACAACACCACGGACUCCGCCAUGGCGUUAACUGGUCUUCAACCCGGAACGAAAUACUCGAUCAGAUUAACUUCUGUCCUUGGCAGUAAAUACAGUAAUCUGACCUUCUUUGAGAGUGCCUUGAGCAAACACCAAGUGUUCACAAUUGAUCAAAGUGAGCUGUUUGAUUCCUCACAAUUAAAUAUAUCUUUGUAGGUAAAUGUGUUGUUCAAUCUUCAAUUUGCACUCCCAAGAACGAAAAUUGCGAAAAGGUUUCGAUGGCUGGAGUGGAGCGGAAGCCAAGGGGAGUGUCCCUUUUGUUCAUCCUCACCAUGAUGGCAUCUUUUGUCAUCUUGAUUUUCCUCUUCACAUUCUUCAUGAAACGUCGUUGUAGUUGGGUGAAGAAGAUCUUGGAGAAGGCUGAUGAGAAGGGAGGCCAGGAAACAAUGUCUUUGGUCUACGGUGAGUGUUUCUAUCUUGUUCUUCGUGCUUUUUGUGGGUGUCCUGGCUUGCUUAAUGAUGACAUAACCCAGCUUACAGACACUGAAACUUCAGAAACCACAAGUUCCACGGCCGUUAUUGUUUCUCGUUUUGACACAUACUUUACUGAGAUGAGCAGAAAUGAGAAUGAAGGGUUUAGACGACAAUUCGAGGUCAGUUUGAAUAUUAUCCUUGACAAAAUCGUAUGUGUUUUUGUUAUUUCCAAAGUUAGAACCCGUUUUUGGCCUGAGAAUCGGCAAUUCCUCUCAAGAAUGGACUUCCGGAAUUUGGACGGACUUUUUCGGGACAACAGAAAUGGCCGGAAGGUCGAGAGGAGGCUCUAAUUCGAUAAGAUUAUGCAAAUUGGUGCCGAAAAGAGAGACAUAAAAGCGAGGGCGAGGCCGAUGUACUCAAAACGAUACUUUAUUUUGAUUCCCCUGAGGGUCCACACCCCGAAAUCGGUCAAAUGAAAUUCAAAGUCUCCGGGAAAAGUUCUUAAAAGCGGAGAUAAAGGACCUCAAAUUCAUCAAAAAUUAUUCAAAUUCAGAAAAGAUACGGUUUAAAAAUGCUUAUUAUAACAGGACAUCGAGGCUGAUUCAGAAGUCCAAUCGGAAGAAAGCUUGGAAGAAAUCAUGAAUUCGGAUCAGAGACUCAAGAACAGAUACCGAAACAUUGGAGCCGUGGAGAAAACAAGAAUCAAAAUCAUCGAUUCUAACAGCGACGAUGGUUAUAUUAAUGCUAACUACAUUGAUGUGAGUGUGGCUAGUCCAAUAUUUAUUCUAUGAGCAUCCCGUACGCGAGCUAAAUUAUUGCAUCAUAAAUCAUUUUAUUAUGCCCCGUUUCAUGCCCGGAGGGCAUUUUAAUACUUUCGCCAGAUGUCCUUCAAACAAAAUGCAAACAUAUCCAAUAUGAAGGAAAUAAUUUCCAUUUAAAAGGACUUAUGCUUUAAUUAAUAUCCUAUGUGAUUACAGCAACCCGUUUUCAGAGUGUUGAAGAGAAAAAUGUAUAUAUUGCAACCCAAGCCCCAUUACCUCACACCUUUGACGACUUUUAUGGCAUGAUUUGGCAGGAGAAGUGUAAUGUUAUUGUAGUUAUUACAAAUUUAGUCGAAGACGGGAAGGUAAGUCUGUCGAGAAUGAAUUAACCAGACCUCAGAGGAAAUGUGAUCAAUACUGGCCGAGCUCAACAAAAGCUCCUCUCGUCUUCGGUCAUCUUACCGUAACAUUGACAGCGGAAAUGCCAAAUGCCAACUUUGUUCACAGGAUAUUGACAUUAAAGUCGAGCAAAUGUUUUGUGGUAAGUUUGGAUUAUGAGGAUGAAACAUUAAAACAUGGCCUUCAGCCCGAACGCACGGUGCACCAAGUUCAUCUCACUUCUUGGCCAGAUCAUGGCACCCCAAAGACUGUAUUCCCUCUUUUAUCAUUCCUCAAUUAUGUCGCUGACAUCCAAUCCAAUGGCCCGAUUGUUGUCCAUUGCUCCGCCGGAGUUGGCCGUUCCGGUUCGUUCAUUCUAAUCGACAGUAUGCGAAGGCAUCUCCUGGUCUGUGAUCAUAUCAAUAUAUUCGGCCAUCUAAAACACAUCAGAAGACAGAGACAACGGCUUGUCCAGACAUUGGUAAGUGGUCUUUAUGGGGCAGGACGACUCCCUUUCAGGAUCAAUACAUUUUCUGUCAUCGAGUUGUCAGAGAACUCAUUAAACAUGGAAUCACCCGUCAAUCGGUCCCCAACUUCUCCAAUUACCUCAAGUUUUUAUAUCACCAAGUGCUCCCUGACGGCCGAACCCGACUUCAGAUGCAAUAUGAAGUAACCAAAAACACAUCAAUUAGGUUGUUUCUUUAGGAAGUCUGUAGAUGUCCCGAUAUCCCGCAAUGUGUAGUUCCUCCUGGUUAUGUUGUUCUUCCCGGAUACCAUCGAUCUGACGAAUUCCUCGUCGGCAAUUGGUCUCGCGAAUGUUCUGAUCUCUGGAAUCUUUUAUGGGAAAGGAAAUGCCAGACUGCGGUUUUGUUUGGAUCAGACGCUGAGGUCGGGGACUUCUUCAGAUCCGUUCCCCAUCGAUCCAAAACUGAAUCCAACUCAAAUUCAGUCCAAAUCCGAAGGAAGACUGUCAGCAUACAGCCAGAUUCAUUCGAGUUAGUGGUCAGGAAGCAAAAUGAAGAGCAUAUUUUGCUGAAGAAAGGCAAUGAAGAGGUAAUAAAGUCAAAAAACGAUGAAAUAUUUCUGUUCUAUAGUGCUUAUGGCCUUAAACAUGUCUUUCAGUUAUGCAUACGGAUUGUCAGGCUGAAGCCAGCAGACCUCGAGCUUCACACCUGGACCGAGUUGGAGCGGAUCCAAGACCAAUUGAUUGAUUGUCAUCGCUGUCAGAUGCUAUUCAUCGACCCAUCCAACAGCGCCAUGCCCUACGUAGUCUGUGCUUUACAGAGUGCUGCCUGUCAACUAGAGCAAGAACGAUUCGUGGAUGUCCUCCAAUUCCUAUCAGCAUACCGAGAACGGCGCUGUGGCUGCUGGACAGCUCAGGUAAUAUAGGUAGCCGAGUUUAACCGUUUAUCAUCUUCAGAGUAACAUCGAGUACAUCUACGAGAAGGUCCUGGAGCUAACAACCUUACACCGACCUUAG